AUGUCAAGUGCAGCGAUUGGUCCUGCCUCUUCAAGAGAGGCACAACCCGACCCGGAUGUCAAAACGAAGGGUAACAUUGAGACAUAUGCGACCGAUAUCGAAGCAGAGAAUAGCAGUGAUUCCGAGCAUGGUGCGGACAAGCUAUUGACAGGGGAAGAAAUUAAGGAGAUUAUCCCAACUGAAGCAUUCAAGUGGAACGUUGAUGGAGACCAGUCGCCAUUCCCAGAAGUAGCAGCUUGUGUGCCAAACACAGAUGAUCCUACCACUCUCUGCAAUACCUUCAGAGCUUGGUUCCUUUUGACAGUCUUCGUGAUUGUCUUUGCUGGAGCCAACCAGUUCUUUGGACUUCGCUAUCCUUCGUUAAGUAUUGGAUACGUCGUUGCUCAACUUUUGGUAUUCCCCAUUGGACGUGCGUGGGAGAAGUUGCCUAGGUGGCGACUGCCUCUUGGUCGAUUCUCCUUUGAUAUCAAUCCGGGAAAGUUCACUAUCAAGGAGCAUGCUCUGAUCGUCAUCUGCGUCAACAUCAGUACUCAGCUGGCAUACGCUACUGGAUCUUUGGUCGCAAUUACUAGUCCUGUCUUCUGGGGUCAGAACUUCGGAGCAGGCUUCAGCUUCCUGUUCCUUCUGUCUACUCAAAUGAUCGGUUUUGGUCUUGCUGGUCUAUCGCGCCGUUGGCUGGUCUACCCAGCUGCCCUUAUAUGGCCGUCUAGUUUGGCUAGUACUGUUCUCUUUAGAGCUCUGCACGAACCAGAGAAGCGUGUCUCUGCCAAUGGGUGGUCGAUUACCAGAUAUCGGUUCUUCGCGUACUUGACCAUCCUUGCCUUUGUCAUCUUCUGGUUUCCCGACUACAUCUGGACAAGUCUGAGCACAUUCGCGUUCAUCACCUGGAUUUUCCCUAAGAAUCAGAAAGUUAACACUAUAUUCGGAAUGAACUCUGGUCUUGGUUUACUGCCGAUCUCAUUUGACUGGACACAGAUCAACUACGCCGGUACUCCUCUCACGACGCCUUUUUACAUCACAUGCAAUGCUUUCGCUGUUGUUGUGCUAUUCUAUCUGUUCCUUUCGCCUAUCUUGUACUACACCAAUGUCUGGAACAGUGCUUACCUACCUUUACUCUCUUCGAGUACCUUCGAUAACACCGGAAAAGCAUACAACGUCACUCGAGUAGUCAAUGCCCACCUGGACUUCGACAUUGCCGAAUAUAAGAAGUACUCACCUAUGUACAUCUCGAUGUCAUACUCGUUAUCCUACGCGCUCUCGUUCGCUGCCGUCACAGCUGUGGUGGUUCACACAUACCUCUACAAUGGUAGCGAAAUCUGGGCCAAGUUCAAGAAUUCAAGACACGGCGGCGAAGACAUCCACAAGCGCUUAAUGCGCCCCUACAAGGAGGUUCCGGACUGGUGGUACGGCGUGCUUACCGUAAUAGUCCUGGGUCUCGGUAUCCUCACCGUCAGAAAUUGGGACACUGGUCUGCCUGUUUGGGGCUUCAUUGUAGUUUGCUUCGGCAUGGGUGUGGUUCUAAUCAUUCCUGAAGGCAUUCUAGAAGGCACCACUAAUCAGAGAGUCUUCCUCAACAUCAUCACCGAGUUGAUCGCCGGAUAUGCUUGGCCAGGAAAGCCCAUUGCCAACAUGAUGGUCAAGAUGUACGGCUACAACAGCGUGAAACACGGCUUGGACUUCGCCAUGGAUUUGAAGCUUGGACAAUAUAUGAAAAUCCCACCACGGGUCUUGUUCGUUGGACAACUCUACUCCUCUAUUCUGGCAACUGCAGUUCAGGUCGGAGUCCUCCGUUGGAUGAUGUCCAAUAUCAAAGACCUCUGCAGCCCAAAGAACACUCAACGCUUCACUUGCAAUGGAUCAAAAGUUGUAUACAAUGCCUCCGUCGUAUGGGGAGUUAUCGGGCCACAACGCAUGUUCCAGUCCGGACAGGUCUACUCGGCCUUGAUGUAUUUCUUCCUCAUCGGCCCCGUCGUCACAAUCCUCGUCUACCUCGUCUACCGCCGCCACCCAAACUCCUGGCUCAAAUACAUCAACGUCCCCAUCUUCUUCAACGCAGCCGGCAACAUACCCCCAGCAAACACGACCCAAUACUCACUCUGGUUCAUCUUCGGCUUCGUCUUCAAUUUCCUGAUCAGACGCAAAGCAUUCGAAUGGUGGAAGAAGUACAACUACCUCACUCAAGCCGCCAUGGAUACGGGAACUGCAUUGGCGACUAUUGUUAUUUUCUUUGCGUUGAGUUAUCAUGGGGUCAAGUUGAAGUGGUGGGGUAAUGAGGUGGGUGGGGAUACUGAUGAUGCGAAUUCGGUGCCGUGGUUGAAGGUUGCUAAGGGUGCGCAUUUUGGCAAGGGGCCUGGUGAGUUUUAG